AGUAACAUUCACAGGUUUAUUAAACAGAUAUUUGGAUUAAAGCAGUUCAGUUUAGUAUACUUAUUGGAUUAAUUAUUUGUGAACAAUUGAAAAUAUUUUAAAAGAUUUUCUGUUGUAAUUAAAAUGGCUAAUUUACGAUCUUCAGGAUGUAAAUGCAAAAUUGGAUUACCAUUGAUGUUGAUGACGUUUAUUUUAGGUUUGCCAGCAAGUCGAUCUGCCCCAUUGGAAGAAGCCAAGUUGUUGCGACAAGUUGCUGACCAAUACAGUGCUCCAUUGGUUGUGUCAUUCCUACACUCAAGAAUACUGAAAAAUGAAGAAAUGAUUACCAAAAUUAAAAGCUCUCUUAAAGAUUUGGAUCAAUCAAAAGUUGAUGUCUUCGAUUUGGCUGAAAAGACGCUUCAACUGUUGGAUGAACAGUUAACUGCUCUGGAAAAGGCUGAUUACUUUGAUUUCAAUGGAACUGAGAAAGUAAAGUAUUUCAUUGAACAAUUCAUCAUGCAAAACGAAAUGUAUCCAAUUGAGUUUGGUUCCUAUGGAUUAGUUAAGGUUGCUGUUACUCCAGACGCUUUGUUAGCAGAUCUUGCAUUGAAAACGAGCGAUGUAUUGAUCAAUGAGACUAAUACUAUGAUACAAACAUACUUGACGGAUAUCGAUGAAAAAGAGCGAAGUUUUGAUAGCAAUCAAAUGCAAAAACUGGCUGCUUUCUUGGCUAAACGAGAGCUACAACUGUUGGCUAAAUACCAGUAUCCACCAAUUUAUAACUACGGUUACAAUGAUCUUACUGAUCCUUGUAAAGUUGCACUUGAUACAGUGCUAAGAAAGGUAAAGGCUAUUGUUGACUUCUUUUAUGCACAAUUCAACCAUUUGGCUGAUCCAAAGUCAAGCAAAAAAACAAGUGAAAUACCUGUUAGCCUCGAGCCUCGAUUCAUUGUGGUUACAUCUAAGCCUCUUCAAGAGACAAAAACACCAUAUUAUCAUUGAACAACCGUAGGUUUGGGAAAUUUAACGCGAAGUUAAAAUGAGUGAAAGCUCGUUUUAAACCCUUCCAGCGUGAGCCGAGAAAAGAACAGCAAAAACUGACUGAAUCUAAUAUCGCAAAUGAAAAUCUUUCCUUCGUUUAAACCAUGUCUUCGUCACUCUAAACAUGCAAAACAAUUUAAUUACUAAAAUAAAACAAGUUAUCAUUCAAUCAAGAAAA